AUGGCGGAUCCCCUUAGUAUUAGUGCCUCGGUACUCGCUAUUAUUACCGCCGCCAUUCAGUCGACAAACUCGCUUUGUGCAACAGUUGGCCGCUUCAAGGAACGCAACAAGACUCUAAGAAACCUACAAGACGAGUUGGAAGAUCUUGCUAGGAUCCUUAACUCACUAGAGCAAGCAGUCGAUACUGACGCCGCUAUAUUAUUGCUUCUCAAAGGCCCGGUUGAGCGAUGCAGCCGACUAUGCAAUGAAUUCGAGCAGUCAAUGAAGGGCUUCAGUAGCAGGUCACAGAUCGGUUUUCGAGACUGGGCAAAGAUGGAGUUCAGGAGAGGCAACAUCAGUGAGUUUGCAGAAACCAUUGGAGGAUAUAAAGCCACGAUUUCAGUUGGUCUUGGUAUUAUUACAAUGCACACAUCUAAGGUCUCCCAGAAAGUCCUCCGGGAAUACAAUGAGAUGGUCCAAGAUACUUCCUACAACCUGAACAUCUACUUGCGCCGAAUCGACGAGAGGUUGGCGCGGCUACCUGGCGAAAGCACCGAUCCAUCGGUGGGAGAUAUAGAUCUGGAAGACGAAAGGGAGGUUACCAAGCAAUGUCUUCGCAUUUGCGAAGAUGCGAGAAUCUAUCUUGAGUCAUGCACCAACAGAGAACCAUCUUUACUCCAAGGGUCUCCUCCAAAUGAUUCUACAGAAGACAUAGUACAGAAGCGCUUUGAAGCUCAGCAGAUCACGCGCCAGGCCCUGGAAGAGAACCAGAAAAGCAUUGCGCAGACAAUUAUACACCUCCAGGAGCGACUAGCAACCCUAGUAGUUAAUGGAGACCCGGGAGAUAGUAACGAGAGACAGCGGUUGCAGGAAGAUCUCAACAUAUCAAAACAGUGCUUAGAGGUGUGCCAGAUGGGCAACCAAGUUUCGAGUCAAAAGAUUUUCCGAAUUGGGGAGGUGGUUGCCGAUGGCGACAGCGACCAGGUGGUAGUGACUACUCUGGCGGAUCUAUUUGACGUCAAGAAAGCGCUCUCUACAGGAAAUUCGGCGCAGUUGGUGGGAUCAAUGGAGGGAGACAAGCUACAGCACUUGGUUACGGAGCGUUAUAACAGUCGAUUCGGGGCUGUAGUCGGUAGCUCCGACGCCGGUAACGCCAGCAACGCCGGCUCGAGAAGCUCACAUGCUUAUUCGCCUCGAGGGAGGCCUAAUGAGCACACUCCUGGACUGGGAGCAAAGAUGUAUGUGCCGUCCUCCAACGAGACUAGGAAACGGGUAAUGGGUGGUACAUCAGAGUAG